AUGCGGCUUGCGCAAACACCUACGAGUUUGCUCUCCCUCCUCCUAGUUGCUCUGUCCAAUAUCGAGUCAACUCAAGCAUGGCCCAUAGGAGAGCUCGACUUCAGCUUCCUCACCGGCAGAGCAGCCUGUGUCUCGUUCUGCGGCGCUGACAGCCAAUUUUGCUGCACCCAAGGACAAUCAUGCACUACACUCUCAGGCAACAUCGCAACUUGCGUAGCAGGCGGGAGCAAUGCUGUCGCGACGGGUGCAGGAGGGGUUGCGGUUUACACGACAACCUGGACAGAAACCGGCCUCGUUGCCCACACGAGUACAGUUAGCUCCUAUUUGCAAGCCCCAACGCAAUCUCCUCCCCUAGAAGGCGCACCAAUAUGCAAAACCAACUUAGGAGAGACAUCAUGUGGGACUGUCUGCUGCCCGAGCGAUCAGACUUGCGGAGAAACUGCUGGUACAUGUGUACGUCGCACAACCUGGGCAUAUAAUGCGCCGAGUGGCUAUUCCGCACCUCUUCGGCCAACUAGUGGAGGAGUAGUGACAGCAACAGCUUCGAUAUCUCCAACUACCACCCAGUCAUUUCUACCUCCUGCCACCGCCAGCGGAAGUACCGUGCCAGUUAUUUCUGCGGAACAUAAUAACAAAGGGCUAAGCCCCGGAGCCAUUGCGGGAAUUGUCAUCGGUACCAUUGCCGGUGUCAUUAUCCUCCUCCUGAUCUGCUUCUGCUGCAUCCUCAGAGCCGGUUUCGACGGCCUUCUCGCAAUCUUCGGCCUCGGAAAGAAAAAGCGCAGAGAUGAGCGAGUAGAGGUCAUCGAAGAGCGUUAUUCUAGACACAGUGGUAGAACUGGCUCGCAAAGACAGACACACACGGGCUGGUUUGGAGGUGCUGGUAGACCAUCAAAAGUGACAGAUAGUCGGAAGAAGAAAUCCAGCGGCUUGGGUGGAUUCGGCGCAGUGGGCGCAGGUCUCUUGGGACUGGCUGUGAUAUUGGGGCUGAAGAAGAAGCAUGAAAAGGAGAAGCCACCAAGGUCCGAUAUUGGAAGUUCAUACUAUUCGUAUGACUCGUAUACAGGCAGUAGUCCGACGCAAGCUCUGACCGAAGAACGAGAGACACACGGCGCUCACACUCGCGACGAUAGCCCGGAAUUUGUACAUUCUGUCUAA